AUGGCAGCCACCACGGUGACGGACGCGGGCAGCGUGAGGAUCAUCACGGAGGUGAUCCCGGCCACGGAUCCCCGGGCGGCCCAGCUGGCCUCAGGCUCCCCGGCACCUGCCAGGACCUCGUUCCAAACACAAGGCUUCCGCAGGGCUCAUCCCAAGGUGUUGGGGACCAUCCACAUCUUCACUGGAAUUGUCCACAUCUGCUUUGGGAUCAUCCUGACACUGUCGGAGCACAGGAACCCUUCCCUCCCUGUGGCCAGCGGGAUCCUCUUCUGGCUGGGGAUCCUGCUCCUGGUCUCGGGCUCGUUGUUGGUGGAAAGUGAAAGGAGAGACAGCCCUGUGCUGGUCAAGGCCUGCUGUGUGCUCAGCGUGGGCGUUGUCCUGGGCACGCUGGUGGCCACCGGGAUCCACGGCACGGCCAUCACCCAGAUCACACCCGGCUGCGGGAAACCCGAGCCCUACCAGGCCCGCCCGGAAUGGUGCUUCCACAUGGAGAGCAAGAUGCUGAGCAACGGCCUGGAUUCCAUCCUGGUGCUGCUCGCUCUCCUGGAAUUCUGCGUGGCCGUGGCGGUUCUGGCGUUUGGAUACGACACAGUCCGGCAGCACACAUACACCCAGCUGGUGAGGGAGGCGGGAAUCCUGCAAAUCCCGGGAAUGCUGAUCCACCCCUCUUCCUCCCUCCCAAGGACCGCCCCAGCCUCUCCCCCAGCCCGGCCCGCCCGUGUCUCCGGGGGUUACUCGGGGUGCGGGGGGGACUCGCCCCGGGUGUGUUUGCGGGAGUUCGGAGGGUCCCGGUACCACGGUGGUGGGCGGUGCUGCCCGGCACAAAGAUGGCGGCCCAGUACAAAGAUGGCGGUACCCAGUACAAAGAUGGCGGCCACCGCAAUGUGCGCGGAGGGUGCUGCCCGGCACAAAGAUGGCGACCAGGCCCGACACAGACAUGGCGGGCGCCGCCGUGCGCGGAGGGUGUUGCCCAAUACAAAAAUGGCGGCCGGAGAGGCGCUCUGGCUUCGCGCUCCUGCGGCGAUCGCCUCUCUGACGUAA